AGCACGUCCUUCACCUCAGUCUCCAUCCAGAUUUCACAUACAAUUGAAAGAGCUCAUGCUAGCUAGAGUCCUGAAAGGUAUGAUCCCAUGUCAGAAAAAGAGUUUGUUAUCAAUAAAGUUUGGUUUCAAAAAAACUGUUCAACAUGGCUGCCUCCGUGUGGAAUAGGGUUGUUGGGCCGGGGUUAUCGCUUCUACAGUCGUCGUCGUUUUGGAUACCGAAUCAGGCGUUAAGAAGCUCCAGGGCUGUAGUGGAGCAGGCGCGGGGUUACUAUGUGAAUUGGAGGAUGCUGCGGGAUGUCAAGAGGAGACAGAUGGCCUUCGAGUACGCCGAUGAAAGACUCCGUAUCAACGCCCUUCGGAAAAACACUCUCCUUCCGAAAGAGCUGCAGGAGGUGGCUGAUAAAGAGAUCGCAGCUCUGCCGCGGGACAGCUGCCCAGUGCGCAUCCGCAAUAGGUGUGUAAUGACCUCACGACCGCGAGGGGUUAAACGAAGGUGGCGCCUCAGUCGCAUUGUCUUCCGCCAUCUGGCCGACCACAACCAGAUGUCCGGGAUCCAGCGUGCCAUGUGGUGACUUUUCAUUGGGAAACAACCGAUAGAAAAUGCUGUGGUGAAUAUUUUCACUGUAAAUCAUUUAUGCUUUGUAAUUAAUAUAUUCUCUGUUGUGAAAUUCAUAAAGUGUAUGCCUGAA